GUUCACUCGUUCGGUCGUUCGUUCGUUCGCCCGAUCGGUUGGCUCUGGCGGUCGCAAUCGGUAGUCAGUAUUGGCUUAUGAGUUAUGCGCGGCGGCAGUCAGUGUCGAUGUCGGAAGUGAAGUGAUCACUGUCCAGUACCGAGUAUAUCUAUUAUCCCGUUGUUCCAAGGAGGAUCUAUUCAAUUUACCAUUGCUGUGAUUUUUUGUUCGUGUUAUGGUUUUUGGUGAUACAAUCCGUGUCGGUAGGUGAUGAAGCCUUUUGUGGAUUCGUUAAUGUUCUCUCCCUGUGGUGUUGAUUGCGCCUAGCAUUGCAAGUGAAUUCAAGUGAGAAAGCACAAGAGUGGGCCACUUGUUGAACCUACCCGAAUAGAUUUUCGUUUGCUCCCGCGACCAAUUUUAAACUUUCCUGCUGGUGUGUAAUUUAAGCUGCUAGCACCUCGAAGAGGAAGCUGAGAUGUCGGCGGUGGUGAUAACAGUGCAAAAGAAAAAAAAAAUGACAACAUCUACUGUCGGCCGGUGUGCCCCACCUGUGAGACCGCGUGUUUCACUCUGAUUGAUAAAUUAUCUCCGAAUUGUUCGCUCUAUUUCGGUGACGGUUUGCGGUGGUUCUGCGACGAUUCCGGUCGGUUGCCGACCGGGGUAAUUGGGCGAAGGAGUGUAUUUACCGCUUCGAUCACUGCGGAACCGAUUUGGCGUGGGUGUCCACGGUGAUUUGGCGGGUGCUCUGGUGUAGUGUGCGACUGACGAAUCGAAAAAAAGGAUUGAAGAGAGAAGACUGUGCAAUGAGUGAGUAAUUGGAGAAUCAGGUGCAGUGUUUCAAGUGAUUGGAAGCAGAAAAAAAGAAAAGAUUGCUCAAAUAUUACUUUGUAGUAUCGAAAAGUGUCGGAUAGUGCAAUAAAGAAAAAGUUGUGUUAUGCAGCCGUCCGGCUCCCGUAUGACAUGAGUCGGUAGUUGGUGAUGGUCAAACAGAGGUCAAGCUGGAUCCUCCAGGCAAGUUGUGCGACAGUAAACAAUGCACUGAGCAGUCCAACUCAGCGGCUGCCGAAAUGAGCGUUUCGCCCGGAUAUCCCCCGAAUGACGGGGCUGCCUAUUCCUCGCGGUACUACCAUGGAACGCGGCACGAUUACUUGGACGACGGUUACCUCAACUAUCCAAGUGGUUCUGCCGGGGGUUUCCGGCAUCACCAGGACGGCAGAUACAAUUCCUCGGCGGUCGAUUGCUAUCCGCCAUCCGCCGUUGGAGACGCAGGGAAUACGUCAUAUAAUUACUCUCCGUCGCAGUAUGGAACCGACAGCCGGUUUAAUUUUCCCGCUAAUCAUUCGAUGGCCCCAGCCGGAAAUCUCGGUUCCGCCAGCUUAAACUAUGGUUAUCCGCUGUCCUGGUACGGUAGACCACCCCGGGCAUAUCCGAUACCGCCGGAGCACAUGUACAAUAUGUACAACUUCAACAGAUACGAAUACGAUGACUCCAAAACAGCCUGUAAAAUUCUGAACGGCCGCGAGGCGAGAAACCGGGCGGAGAAAAAUCGCCGAGAUAAACUGAACGGAUCGAUCCAGGAACUGUCAGGCAUCGUACCCCACGUGGCGGAAUCACCCCGGCGGGUAGAUAAAACUGCGGUGCUGCGAUUCUCCGCCCACGCGCUCCGGGUGGAUUAUGUGUUUGGUAAAUCGCCACCGGAUCCGGUCAAUGUGGUGAAACAGGAAGUGCAGGAUAGCCUAUUUCGUAUGCUGAAUGGAUUCCUGCUGACGGUGACCUGCCGAGGACAGAUCGUUCUGGUGUCCGCCUCGGUCGAACAGUUUCUAGGACACUGUCAGACCGAUCUUUAUGGGCAAAACCUGUUCAACCUCAUCCACCCGGACGAUCAUAACUUGCUCAAACAACAGUUGGUUCCCAGUAACUUAACGAAUUUAUUCGACUCCCCGGCAACGACAUCAACGGCACCGGUGGCACCACAUCCGGCAACACCGGUCGAUGGCAACGAUGAACUUCACCGGCGAUCGCAGGAAGAGGAGGAUGAAAUAGAUCGCAAACUGAGACAAGAUCGCAGAAAGUUUUCGAUAAGGAUCGCCCGAGCUGGUCCCCGAUCGGAACCAACGGCAUACGAGCUGGUUACGAUCGAUGGGUGCUUUAGGCGAGCGGAUGCAGCACCACGUGGCAUCAAACCGAAUGGUCCCUCCGGAUUGCAGUUGCUACGAAGGGCACGAGGCCGAGACGAUGGGAUUGCCCUACAUAGCGUUAACGGAAAUGAUAUUGUGCUAGUGGCGAUGGCACGCGUCACGAAAGUGCCAACCAUCUGUGAUCGAUUGAUUGAGGCUUGUAAGUACGAGUACAAAACGCGCCAUCUCAUUGACGGUAGGAUAGUGCAGUGUGACCAUCGGAUAUCGGUGGUAGCCGGUUAUAUGACCAACGAGGUGUCCGGACUGUCACCGUUCACCUUCAUGCACAAGGACGAUGUGCGGUGGGUCAUCGUGGCUCUUCGGCAAAUGUACGAUUACAACCAAAAAGAUGGCGAAUCCUGUUACCGCCUGAUGACACGGACGGGUGACUUCAUCUAUCUGAAAACCCGUGGCUAUCUUGAGGUAGAUGACACCACCAAGGUAGUUCAGUCGUUCGUCUGCAUCAAUACGCUCGUGUCGGAGGAGGAAGGCCGUCGACUGGUUCGCGAGAUGAAGCGAAAGUUCUCGGUCAUCGUGGAUCAAGAGGAACUCCCGGACGAAAGUGACGAGCCGUCUGUGGAAAAUCCACAGCAAAUCGAACGUGCGGUGAUGAACUUAAUCACGAAUCUGCAUGCGGUGGAAAAUGAACCCUCGGACGGACCGCCUAUGUCGUUCCCCCAGUCACCAACCGUCGAAGCUGCUGGUAAAUCUUCACUGGCCAUCAUUGCGCCGAAACCGAGCCAAGUAAAAUCGGCUAUCGUCAAGAGUAUGAAUGUGAUUGCGAUAGCUUCCAAAAAAAUGAGUGAAAAUGGAAACGAUUCACCGGCCCGAGACGAGUGUAGCACCACCAAGAAGGACCGGAGAGAGCCGGAAAACAUCACAAGUGCCGAAACGCAACGCCCUUCUGUACUUCACAAGGUGCAGAAUCAAAGUCCCGUUCCGGAGUCCCGUGUGCCACCGUUGCCAAACUCGGAGCAUUAUUUCACGCAGCCUUUCUCGCCCGCCAGUACCACCAGUAGCAGCAGUAGCAGCUGCAGUAACUCGGUUCUCUCGCCCGCAUCACAUCAGCCGUUCCAGCGGAACAGUCGAAGUCCAUUCGGCGGAAGCGUACCGCCUACAUCUCCACCCGCCAUCGCAACUACCUCGGCAUCGUACUCGCGAAUAGCAAACCUGGACAACACCGCAAGUGGCCAUACACGAACCACCAGCGUGCUGAAGCGGACCUACAGCAACAACAGCAUCAGCAGUAAUUAUGACGAUGCCGGUAAUACCCUUGAGUACAUCGAGUUGAAACGGUGCAAAGCUAGUCCGUCGGAUCUGAGUGCCUGCUUGAACAAUCUGAUCAACCCGGCGUCGGAUCUUACCACAAUGUUACCUAACGCACUGGAUGCGGUGGAUCGGUCGUUGCUGAAAAUAGAAAGCACGACCGCAAUCAUGCGGGAGCAAGUCAGUGGAUACGGAAACCUGCAGCACUCCCAGCAGCGACUAGAUCGGAUAGUGGAGGAACAGCAGGAGCAGCGUGAAAUACUUCAGUCAAUUCAGCAAGAGUAUACCUAUCAGAUACAGUCACACGGUGGCAGCAACGAUGGUCCCCGCGGGGUGCUCAUUGAACCAGAUGCUAAUAAUGAUAUCGAAAGGCUGAACGGAGCCACCGCCAGUAACUCAACGAUGGCCACAAGGGAGCUCGCCAUGGUAACCGACCGAACACCGGCCGUUGCAGACCGUGGCAGCAAUCGAACUGUGGGACAAUACUUUCACUCGUCGGUUAACUCACCGGUUGAGCCAACGACUUGUCCUACGACGACCACGUCGGUUAUCACGACCGCCGGUCGAUCGAUGGCUACGGCUGGAAUGUUCCAGCGUGGCACUGAUUUGAAUUCGAGUUAAUGAAACCGUCAGAUCAGCAGCCACGAUCACGAUGGUACAGAGCUUAUUUGUAUCAAUUAUUUCGUAUAACCCGAAGUAAUCUUGUGCAAUCGGUUUAAGCACCGCUCGUUGGUUACCAAUGUUUAACGAAUGUCCUAAGUCCAAACAUACAAAGAUAAAACGGAAUUACGUGAAUUGUGUACAGUUUAUAUGCGAUGUGUGUUAUGUGAAGAUUAGCGGAAAUGUGAGUGAUAUGAGUUUUUCACAUUGAAAUUGAUAGUAUUGUUCCCAUCCAUGCAAUUUUCCAAACUAGAGAAAAUUGACUAUAAUACAAGAUUAUAGAAUAGUAUGGUAGUGAAGAAAGUCUUGAUGAACCAAUGGUACUGGACCAUACAUAUAUAGAGAUAGGUUUGUUGCUAGCUUUUAAACAAUGUUCAAUUCUGAUUCAGAUUUUUUAAGAUUUUUAAUUUCAUAGCUUUAAUAUCUGAUAACACUCAGUGUAAUGGCAAAAUAUGCGAAAGAAGGUCGAGAUUGAAGCCGCCAAGUCGUGUGGCCUUUCUUAUAUACCGGAGAAGGAGAGAGAGAGGGAUAAAUUUGUUUAAUUAGUGCAAUCCUAGUAAAAAAAAAGCACGCAGAUGUUGUUUUCUUUUUAUUAACCAUUUUGGAAUAGAAGAUCCACUAUCUAUACUAGACAAAUUUUACCAUGCGUGAACUGAAGUGUAGAUGAGCUACAUGAUAGAGUAUGUUACUAUUAUUUUACCGGAAAGAAAAUGCGCUGUUAUCAAACAAAAUUUAUAUUAACUAAAUGAACACUACGCAAACACACAUUCAACGAUUUCUAACGCGAGCGGAAUAAAUUCAUAUGAACUUGUCUGUAUUGUUUAAUUUAGUGCUUAAGGCAACACAAAAAACUCAAAACACGCGGUGUAAUAAAACAGAAACGAAAAUAAAAUCCUAGGUGGCAUGUGAA